UAAAUCUUUUCUGCUUACUGAAAAGGAAGAGUCUGAUGAUUAGCUAUUGAUCCUCUUUGCAUUUGUAAAGUUUUGGAGAUAUUGAAUCAUGUUACCAUUUCUGUUUUUUUCCACCCUAUUUUCUUCCAUAUUUACUGAAGCUCAGAAGCACUAUUGGGUCUGUAACUCAUCCGACGCAAGUAUUUCAUACACCUACUGUGAUAAAAUGCAAUACCCAAUUUCAAUUAAUGUUAAUCCCUGCAUAAAAUUGAAGGGAUCCAGAGGAUUGUUGCACAUUUUCUACAUUCCAAGGAGAGAUGUAAAGCAAUUAUAUUUCAAUCUCUAUAUAACUGUCAACUCCAUGACUCUUCCAAAGCGCAAAGAAGUUAUUUGCCGAGGAUCUGAUGAUGAUUAUUCUUUUUGCAGAGCUCUGAAGGGAGAGACUGUGAAUACAACAGUACCAUUCUCCUUCAAGGGAAUAAAAUUUUCUAAGAUUUACGUGUUGAAGCCCUACCUCCUGAUAUAACUACUGGGAAAUAAAAGUAAAAUUCUAAGCCCCUCAACUGAGUGAACAGACCUUCUCUUGGCCAUAGCAACCCCAGAAUAACCUUGAAAACGGUUCUCAGCCAUGAUGGUAUGAGAGGUUGGACACACCUUAUUAUACCUGCUCCCUCACUAACAGUCAUUAGGCCUUCUUCCCUACAGGCGGAACAGAAACCAGCCCUCUCAAAAGACUCUGCUGCUGAUAUCAACCAACCAUCUGAUGCUGCCCCUCCCUUUUGCAGUUUUGGUGCAACAACAGACCAGCAUUUCUUCCUGAUGAGAGACAAUUGACCAUGGAGUUGUUCUGGCCAAUCACAGAGAAUGUGCAGUGAAGGUUUUCAUGUCAUCUGCUUCAUCUUUUGAUGCCAGAGGGCCUGAAACUCCACCCUGGGAUUAUGCUAACACUGCCAUUUUUUGUACACAGGACCCAUGAAGAGGCACGACGCUCAACUGUACAUGUGCAUGUUUUUCCUUUUGUAAAUAUUAAUGACUCCUCCUAUAAUCUGUUGAAUAUGUACACUUAACCACCCAACUUACCAUAUGUUUCUGUUCCCUUUUCCCCCUCUCUUGAAGUAUCUGUUUUUGGCUUCUGACCAGAGGCUACACUUCCCAGCCUCUGGGAAUGGCCACCCUGCAGGCUGAAACUCUUCAUGAGAAAUAAAGCUCUUCUUUCUAAAUUUAUGAAA